AUGAUGGCGUUAACUUUCUUGUGGACACGGAAGCCGAAGUCGUCGAAGCUUAACUUGAUGUCUGAUGGUGAAUAUAUCGCUGAUGGUCCUUUAAUUGACCUGGCUGGAGUAGACUGGAGGGAAGAUUUAUUGCCUUUUGAACUUAUUUUGGUUGAACCAAAUUCUCUUCCUGAUCCUGAACCACAACUUUUUGGUGGUCAACGGUAUUCUGAAGUUCCGAGUUCAGACACUUUUGAUAGUAUUCGCUGGAAUGAGCUUGAUCUAGAGAGUCUUCUUUUACAUCUCAAUCCCCCACUUUCUUUCUAA